UGGCGGAGGGCCGGGAGAACGGAGUUAGUGGACAGUGCCGUUGGAUGCCGCUUACUUUUUGGCACCGGUUCAUCCUAUACAUCUGACAGUGUGCCAAAGACGCUCGAGUCACGGGAAACCUAGAUGGUGAACUUUACGCUGACGGGAACGUGUUAUUGUUAUUGGGGCGUGCAGUAAUGGGGAAGAGGGAAGCGGAUGUCAUGGUCGCACUGAUCAUUUUGGCGCUCGCUUUCUGGGACACGCUUGAGAAUGUUACACGGCCGCUGGCUGGCGCCCGGAAGGACCUCGAAGUCCGGGUCAACCCAGGUGGCCGGGUUUCCUGCUGGGAGAUUUCGAGGUUUGGGUUGCGUGCGCUGACUGACGGCAUUCAUGCGAGGCACGGGAUAUCAGAUGGCAAAAGACCGAACCAGUUGCCAAACGCAGAGGGUCAAUGUGAGAGAAUACCUGAAUAGUAAUUCCUACAGAGAGUUGGUGGUAUCGCCCAUUCGUGUACUCUGUU